AUGGUUCCGAAGCCAGACGGUGGGUGGCGUCCGUGUGGUGACUACCGCCGUCUUAAUGAUGCGACCACGCCCGAUCGUUACCCGGUGCCCCACAUUCAAGACUUUUCCGUACAUUUGGCGGGGAAGUCCGUGUUCUCUAAAGUGGAUCUGGUGCGGGGUUACCACCAAGUCCCGGUGCACCCGGCGGACAUACCGAAGACGGCAGUGGUGACUCCUUUCGGGCUGUUCGAGUUCCUCAGGAUGCCUUUUGGCCUGAAGAACGCAGCCCAGUCGUUCCAGCGGCUAAUGGACUCGGCACUCAGGGACAUGCCUUUCAUCUUCGUCUACUUGGACGAUGUCCUCGUCGCCAGCUCCUCGGAGGAGGAGCACCUGACACAUCUCCGAGUUCUUUUUACACGGCUCGACCAGCACGGGCUGAUCAUUAACCCGGCUAAGUGUGUUUUUGGGGUGCCGUCCAUAAAGUUCCUCGGGCAUCUCAUCACCAGUGAGGGGGCUGCCCCCCUCCCUUCGAAGGUGGACGCCGUUUCCACUUUUCCACGCCCACGCUCGGCCCGGGGGCUCCCGGCUCACGUAAUGCGCCCGCUCUACGAGGCCCUUAAGGGUACGACCCCCAACCAGGACGUUGUCUGGACCGCGGAGGCGGACCAGGCCUUCGAGGACACAAAAGUUGCGUUGUGCCAGGCCACUAUGUUGGUCCACCCGUCACCUGGGGCCCCGGUUGCCCUCACUACUGACGCGUCCGACUAUGCCGUGGGUGCCGUGUUCGAGCAGUGGGUCGAGGGUACCUGGCAACCGCUCGCCUUUUUCAGCCGCCAGCUAGUCCCCAGGGAGCGUAAAUACAGCACCUUUGACAGAGAGCUGCUCGCUGUUUGGUUGGCAAUCCGCCACUUCCGCUUCGUCCUGGAGGGCCGUGAGUUUACGGUUUUUGUUGACCACAAGCCCCUUACAUUCUCCAUGUCUAAGGUGGCCGAGCCGUGGUCCGCCCGCCAGCAGCGCCAGCUGGCGUUCAUCUCGGAGUAUACCACGGACAUACGACACAUUGCCGGCAAAUCCAAUGUGGUUGCGGAUUGUCUUUCCAGGGCGGUCGUUGGUGCGGUCCAGCUCGGACUAGACUACGCGCGUAUGGGUGCAGACCAGGCCGCAGACCGCACCCUUCAGUCCCUCAAGGACUCGGACACUGGACUGCAGCUGGGAAAGGUCGCGGUCGGCGCUUCUGGGGUCGGGUUGUGGUGUGACCUCUCUACUGGCCAGCCCAGGCCUCUGGUCCCCGCCAGCUGGCAGCGGUCUGUUUUUGAGACUAUACACGGCCUGUCCCAUCCUGGCAGAAAGGCAUCUGUUAGGCUUGUAUCGCAAAAGUUCGUCUGGAGAGGACUCAAGAGGGAUGUGCGGGCCUGGGUUGAUUCUUGUGUGGCCUGUCAGCGUGCUAAGGUGCACCGCCAUACCAAGGCCCCGUUAGAACCUUUUGUUGUUCCGGAGAGGAGGUUUGACCACGUUAACAUCGACCUGGUGGGGCCGCUUCCCCCUUCACGUGGUUUCACUUACCUCCUCACGAUGGUAGACAGGACGACGCGCUGGCCUGAGGCUGUUCCCCUCGCCUCUAUCACGGCUGCCGAUGUGGCUCGGGCGUUCAUUGGCACGUGGGUUUCACGUUUCGGUACGCCCUCUGAUCUAUCCUCUGACCGGGGUGCGCAGUUUACCUCGGAGGUCUGGAACGCUGUGGCGGGGGGUUUGGGUGUCAAGUUGCACCGCACCACCGCAUACCACCCCCAGGCUAACGGACUGUGUGAACGUUUCCACCGCUCUAUGAAGGCUGCCCUUCGGGCCAGCCUGACAGACGGCAACUGGGUUGACAAACUGCCCUGGGUCAUGCUUGGCCUUAGGACCGCCCCCAAGGAGGAUCUGCAGUCCUCGUCCGCCGAGCUUGUUUACGGCCAGGCUUUGCGGGUGCCUGGGGAUUUUAUACCGGAUGCUACGAGACCUUGGUCUGCUACCGAACAGCGGUCCUCCCUGCGGGAGGUGGCCACGGGGUUUGCGCCUGUUCCUAUGUCGCAGCACUGCUCCCCUGAGUCCCGGAUGCCCGCUGGCCUCCGCUCUGCGUCGUUUGUUUUCGUCCGCCACGACGCCCACCGUGGACCGCUGCGUCCCCCUUACGACGGCCCGUUUAAGGUUUUGCAGCAUGGGGACAAGAGCCUGGUCGUGGACAUUGGGGGUAGGCCUGAAACUAUUUCCGUUGAUAGGAUCAAGCCUGCUCAUGUGGACAUUUCCAGACCGUUGGUGUUAGCCCAGGCCCCGCGCCGCGGACGCCCCCCAGUACUUUGUUCCCCUGGUCAGGCGGAAGUUCCUUCGACCGGGACGGUGCCGGCUGCGUCCCCCGCUUCCCUCCCCUCAGCCCCUGCCACUUGUACUCGGAGUGGUCGGGCCAUCAUUCCAUUCCGGAGUGGGGAUUUUGACUAUGGUUGA